AUGCAGAAGCUUGUUGGCGAGUUUAAAGAUGUGCCGUUAGAAAAGCAGAAAAACCACAAUUACAAAGAAAUGACUUCUUGGUUAAAAGAUUUGGCUGAUCGUUUCCCCCAAAUUACUUAUUUAUAUUCAAUUGGCCAAAGCAUAGAUAAGCGUCAACUUUGGGUACUUGUUGUUGCAAGAAAUCCGAGGGAGCAUGAGAUAUUAAGGCCUGAAUUUAAAUAUGUUGCAAAUAUGCAUGGAAAUGAGCCUUCAAUGAAUCCUGAUGGUUAUGAAAUGGAUAAACCUGGUGAUCGAAUUGGUUAUUUGGGCCGGUCCAAUGCAGAUAAUGUUGACCUAAAUCGAAAUUUUCCUGCUCGUUAUCCGAUGCACAAAGAGGCGUCCGGUGGCAUGACAACUCAACCAGAGACAAAAGCUGUUAUGCAAUGGAUGACCGAAUAUCCAUUUGUUCUUUCUGCGAAUCUUCAUGGCGGCUCUCUCGUCGCUAAUUACCCUUAUGAUGAUUCGGAUACAGGCGCAGAUGGCAUAUAUACGGCUUCAGCAGAUGAUAAACUUUUUGUACAAUUAGCUUUUCAAUAUGCGCGUGCUCAUACAAAUAUGUGGUUAUCUGGACGUCGUUGUGGACUAAAUGAUAAUGGUGAUACUUUCCUUCAUGGAAUUACCAAUGGCGCUGGUUGGUACCAUCUUUCUGGUGGGAUGCAGGACUGGCAGUAUGUGCACACAAAUGCUCUUGAAAUUACUGUCGAAAUGGGUUGUUUCAAAUUUCCAUACGACGAUAUGAUUCCAACUUUGUGGAAGCAACAUCGGUUCUCUUUGCUCUCAUUUAUGGAAUCUGUUCAUAGUGGUGUAAAAGGUGUUGUUCAUGAUGCCACUGGUGAAAAGCCAAUCUCGGGAGCCGAGCUAAUAAUUAUAAAAGGAGGAAAAGGAAAAGCUGUGACAACAUCACUUAAUGGUGAAUAUUGGCGACUUUUACCACCUGGCGAAUAUAGCCUACAAAUUUCACAUAAAAAUUUCAAACCAUAUCAAUUCGAUAUAACUAUUGAUUCUGGACCGGCAAAGGUUGUUAAUAUUAGUUUGAAAGGGAUGGAAUGUGAUGGUGAAGAUAUUCCAAAAUUACAACUUUUUGUUAGAGGUAAAGGUCCUCUUAAUUUAUUACUUGUUGGUUUUGACUCUGCUGCAAAAGGAUUACUUACGCGUUUGGUCAAUCAUUCUUGUCCUAUGGAUGAAAAGAAACGAUCAAAAUUGGCUUACAUGCUUCUUGAAAAUGUUCGUCUCCAUAUUGUUACAGAAUAUAGCCAAACUGAUCAACUUUUGCAAUAUAUGCGGAAUAUAAAUGCUGAUUCCCUUCUUAUUUUUAGUGCCGGCCCUGCUCAUUCGACAAUAUUUAAUGCCGGAGAGAAUACACCAAGACUGUUUAAUCAAGAUAAAUUCGAUCAAAGCUUGAAAGAAGUAUUUUCUUCACAAGAACAGUUCUCUAAUAUGGAUUCAAAAACAACAGAUUCAUUUAGCCCAAUAAAUUCACGAAAAAAGGUUCUUCGACCGAAUUGUGAAGAUCGUUUAGGUCAAACCAAAACGGCGUCAAUUAUUGAUGAAAUGAGACUCGGACGAAUUUUUGAAUUGGGUAUUGGAAUUGGAUGUGAUUUUGGGAACUUUUCCUCAAAAGAAGAUAUUAUGACUACUGGAAAAAUGGAUGCAGCAUUGGAUGCUAUUAUAGAGAUGAUGCUGAAUAUUUUGAAACAAGACAAAGUACUUGAAUUUUCUGUUGUUCCUUCCAUUGCUCCAACCGAUCAUUUCACUCCUGCUGAAGUUCAGACGGUAACACAUUAUGGCUACGAUCGUCUUGAUCAAUCAUCAUCUUGCUCCGCCAAACUAAUCGAAAUGGAUGGUGUGAAGCUUCGAUCUUUGGGUUCACACAAUGGGCCACAUACACUGAUUUUAUCUGUAGAAAUGAAGACAGAAGCGUUAGUUUAUCAUCUUGGGGCCAGACUUUGUGGACAAGGACCUGUUGAAGGAUUAACAACUACACCUACUAUUAUAGACGAGGAGAUGAGACAAGUACAGCGUAUUUUGGAGUAUUCAACCAUUAUUUUGGCACCAGAUAUCCCACAGUAUUCUAAAUUAUUUUUCGCUUAA